AAGCUUCGCCCGGCCGGCUUCCGAGUUGCGGCGCCCGACGAUUCUGCAAAGCUUGCCGCGCCCGACGGGAGGCCGCCCGCUUGCCCGCCGGGGGAGAAGUUAGGCAGAGCCGCGCAAGCUGCGCAAACUCCGCAAAGAGGCGGCGGGUGGGGGGGGGGGACCAGCCGCCGGCGGGAUACGGACAUGGCGUAAGGGAGCUGCCCGCUUCUGAGGCGGCCUUUCGAGAGCCUCGGGCUGCGGAGAGGCGCUCCAGGGCUCGCGGUUCUCCUCGGGGACGGGAAGAGCCGCGUUUUCUGAGGGGAGCAGCCCGUGGGCUGGGCUCCACGGAGGGGCGGGAAGGUGCCGGGGCCCUGCUGCCCCGUCAGCUGUGAGGUUGUGAACAUUUAUAAACGUGAAGGUGGCAGUUCUGGAGAAUUUUCAGGCCAGACUUAAGAGAGCUGCCAUAUAAACUUCAUUUGCACUCUUCGCCUUGAGCUUUCGCUUCAGGACAUCAGCAUGUGGAACAAGUCGGUAUGUGUGGCCUUGUUGGCUCUGGCUACAGGCUAUGUCUUCCUACUGGACUCUGACCUGCCAGAUUCAGUGCUGAAGUAUCUCUCAAGCUCCUUCCUAUAUCAGCUGCAAGGGGAUCUUACGUCCCCAGAGAGCAGCAUGGCAGCUGCCUGGGAUGUGCUUAUCACCCAGCCGGCCAAACAGUGGAACAGAGUUGCUGUUGGGGUCAAUGCCUGUGUAGAUGUUGUCCUUUCUGGUGUGAAGUUGCUGCAAGCCCUUGGUCUAGAUUCUGGUGUUGGGCAAGACCACUCAAUCUUGCAUUCCACAAAAGAUUUGAAGGAAGCCUUCAUCCACUUCAUGGGGAAGGGAGCUGCUGCAGAACGCUUCUUCAGUGAUGCAAAGUCCUUCCACCACAUCGCAGAGACUGCUUCAGCAUAUCCUGGGGCACAGUUGUAUGUGGGGGGCAAUGCUGCUCUCAUUGGCCAGAAAAUUGCAACAAAUCCAGACCUAAAGGUUCUGCUGUGUGGCCCAAUUGGUCCUAAGCUGCAUGAGCUGCUUGAUGAAAAUGUAAUCGUCCCUCCAGAAUCAAUGCAAGAAUUUGAUGAAUUUCACCUCAUUUUGGAGUAUCGAGCAGGUGAAGAGUGGGGGCAGCUGAAAGCCCCGAAUGCCAACCGCUUUAUCUUCUCUCAUGACCUAUCUAAUGGGGACAUGAACAUGCUGGAUGUAUUUGUGUCCAGUCUGGAGGAGUUCCAGCCUGACUUGGUGGUCCUCUCAGGUCUGCAUAUGAUGGAGGGACAGACAAAGGAGAUGCGUCAGAAGAGACUCCUAGAGGCUGUAGCUUCCAUCUCUGACAUUCCCUUGGGUGUACCUGUACACCUGGAACUAGCCAGUAUGACUGACCCAGAACUUAUGAGUGCAAUCAUUCAUCAGCAGGUCUUCCCUCUUGUGAACUCAGUUGGUUUGAAUGAACAGGAGCUACUGUUCCUCACUCAAGCAGCCUCUGGACCACAUGCCUCACUGGCUUCCUGGAAUGGUGUCCCAGAUGUGGGUGUCGUCAGUGACAUUGUCUUCUGGAUCUUGAAGGAACAGGGAAGGACUCCUGGGAAGGCAUCAGAUCUUACUCGUAUCCACUUUCACACUUUGGCCUAUCACCUCCUAGUUACUGUGGAUGGAUAUUGGGCCAACCAGGUGGCAGCUGUUGCUGCUGGUGCAAGAGUAGCAGGGACACAAGCUUGUGCCACCCAGACCAUUGAUGCCAGCAGAGUUUUCCUUAAAGCGCCACUGAAGUUUGCCACUUCUAAGAUGGAGGAGGCCUCUACAGUCUCCUUAAAUCCCCACGAGCCUGUGUCAGAAUGGCACAGGGAUGGGGUAACAUUCCAUUACACUCCUGUUCUGGUGUGCAAAGAUCCUCUGCGGACCGUUGGCCUUGGUGAUGCCAUUUCUGCUGAAGGACUUCUUUAUUCAGAAAUAUACCCUUAUUAACCUGUGGAAUUAAGAUACACUCCACAAAAAAUUGAACCAUGCAGGCAUGGGCUGGAAGUUAGCAUUUAGUAGAAAGCCAAAGAAUAAAAGUUAGGCACAGCUCAGCUGCUGCGUGUUGCUACAGGGAUGUCUACAAUUAAAUAAUGAGGUAUGACUUGUUAAAUAAAUGGGCUGCCUUUUCCCUAGAAUGACAACUUAAACCAAAACAGCUUCUGCUUUAAGUAAGCCAGUCUUAUUUGCAGUAACUUAAAAAGCUGGGAACUGAAAGAAGUUUGAUGUGACUAGCUGUCACAGGAAGGCUAUUUUGGUCUUUCACACCGUCAUAUUUCUGGGAAGGCAAAGGUAAAAGAUAAUUGUGUUACCUCUUCAUCACAUUCCAAACAUGGCAAGAGCCAUUGUUUUGUUUGGUAGUGGUGGAAUGAAAAAGUAUAGCACUUGGGUUGCACCAUGCCAAAGGAACACUGUCCCAAGUGAAUAGUACAAAAGCUUGUUCUGUAAGCUCUACAAAUGGGAGGUAGGCAAGAUGAAAGCCUUGCCUGUGGCAAGGAAAGGAUGCUGAAUCGUAACUUUUUUCUCCUUUUUUUGACCUCAUUAAGUGGACAUCAAACUAUUGGGAGUGUGGCAUUUUGUCACAUGUGCUUCCUCAGCUAGUGUAUGCUAAUUUUGAUACUCUGUUUUGUUUUAUUGCUGGCAGGUUGUUGUUGUUUAGUCGUUUAGUCGUGUCCGACUCUUCGUGACCCCAUGGACCAUAGUACGCUGGCAGGUUAAUCUACUUUUAAGACAGUUGCAUACCAAAAGCUCAUGCACACAAUUAUUUUACCUCUCAAUAGCCUCUUAAGCAGUGACUUAGAGAUCAUUCCUAUGAGUGAGAGUUUAUAGCACAAUUGCUAGUCUUAGCAAGUGACAAUUAGUCUGGGUCAAAUUCCAAAGAAAUGUAAUGUACAAAACCUGAAAUGACUCCUUAAAAAAUGGCAUAAACAUAAUUUUCAGUGGAGAAGAGGCUAGCGACCUGGCACAUUCUACUAUUCCACAGUUACUGUAUUAUUCUGCAAGGUUAUGUGGAGCUGUGAUCACAUGAUCAUAGUAAGUGUUCCCUUGAGCAGGUUGUGUGUGGGUAAAAUCCAUAUUACUUUCUGUGUACUUACACAUAGCAAUAGAACUAUAUAGAAUCAGAGAUAUGAAAUUUGACUUCAGGAUGAGGACAAAAUCUGGCAGUGAUGUACUACUAGGUUAGCAGAGUGUUGAGUUUCGAUGGGAGAAUACACAUGCAAAUCUGUACCCAGACAUGGCUCUCACUAGGCUUUAUCUUUGCCUAACCUACCUCAUGGGGUUGUUGUGAUGUUAAGAACUGUACUAAGCCUCAGAGUAAGGGUGGGCUACAGUAGUAACAAAUGAUGAAACUGAAAAUUCCCAGAAUGCCAGUACAGUAUAUAUGAUUAAAACAGGUCAGGGUAUGAUUAAUGCUGGUAGAUCUGAACAGGGCUAAAUGCCUUUACAAUUAAGGAACAUAACAGGAUCUGCAGGACUCCAUCUGCUUAGCACAGAUUUUCAUUAGUUUUUUUACAAUGUGGUGCUAGCUGAGGGGAGCAGAAAUUUUGCACUGUGUAAUAUAUUCCAGGUUUUGUUGUCUCUUAAGGUCAAACUAGAUGUUACUUCAAAUGUUUUUAAACCUGUUCUAGGGAUUCUGUGUGCCUCUUCUACCAAAAGCAGUGGUGGGGCUUCUUGAGAAUCAGGGAGGAUGACUUCAAUUCUUCCCAUGCUCUGAGUGCCAGAGUCUUGCUGAAAGUUUCCCUUUGCUGCAGAUAGUGGUCUGGGAUAAGGUUUGACUUCAGAAUUAGAAUUGACAUAUAGGUCUUGAACCUGAUCAUGGAUGUGUUCUCACAGUAAAAGUUUCCGAACAGUGGCUUAGGGCAUGCUGAUAUGUUUUACAUCAAGGUAUAAUGCUUGUUCAAAUUGCUUUUUCUGCCAUCCGUUUUCUUUCUCAUCAUUCUGAUGCAGUGAUUGUUUCGCCACUGAUCCUGAAUGUGAUGUUGCAUGGUGUUAACAGUGCCAGAAACUUGUGGUUGAGAUGUGGGGGGAAAACACAAGAGGGGACUCCAAACUACCUCUAUAGGUCUUCAUUUGGCAGCAAUGUAGAGGGGUAGACUAUUUUGUCUGCUUGGGCUCCACCAUAACCAGCAACCUUUCCAUUGAUGUUGAGCUGGACAAGCACCUUUGUAAGGCAGCUACAGCAAUAGCUCGCCUCUCCAAAAAGGUAUGAGAGAAUGAUGUUAAUGACUGAUACCAAGAUGAAGGUCUACCAGGCUUGUGUGUUUAGUACACUGCUUUAUGAAAGUGAGUCAUGACCAGGAGUGAUACCUCAAUGCUUUCCAUUUGUGCUGUAUCACUUGGCAGGACAGAGUCUCAAAUGAAGAUGUGCUCUUCCAAGCCCACAGCCCCAGCAUAUUCAUACUUCUGUACACAGAAUGAAAGAUGGCAGAAUCCCCCAUGAUGUGCUUUACGGGGGAGCUGGCUUCAGGCACCAGACCUGUUGGCAGACCAAAUCUAUGUUAUAAAGCUGUCUACAAAUGUGACAUGAAGGCUGGCAACAUUAACACUGCCGUAUGGGAAUCCCUUGCAGACGAUCGCAGUGCCUAGAGACAGAUGGUCAAGCUGUGUAUCCACAGCAGUGACCAGAGGAGAAAAGACAGCUGGGAGAAGUACAGAGAGAAGAAACGUCAUGGUACAUCUGUAACAGUGAAAUCAGAUGCAUUUAUAUGCCCCAGUUAAAAUAAAAUGUCUCCCAUAUUGGUCUCUACAGCUAUAGUAGGCACGGUAACUCUUCAACAGUUCUCCUUUACCCCUGAUGGUACACUCUUUCAUUGUCUCUCGAGACAGACGGAUACCAACUAACUAGAGGGGACUUCCUCCAGGUGGCUUACACAAUCCAAGUUGUUUGGAUUUAGAAGUUAUUUGUGUAAUGCUUCAGAGAUAUUUAUGUAGAUACUGUUUGAAAGUCUCAUUGCUGGAUUUCUGGAUUUACAGAGUUCUUGUUUCACCUUGAAUAGAUGGGCCCGGGGUGGAGAACUGUGAAGGGUGGCCUCCUCUUUGCUACUUCAGUGCUGCAUUUAAAGGCAGUAGCAAAGGAUGAUCUGUGCAGUUAGCUGCUGAAUAGCUGUAAAACAGGUGAGGUAGCAACUUCAGGUGAAGUAGCAGUGCAGAAACCAUUCCUUUGAUUUCUGUUCUCUUCACUCUUUUUUUCCCCACUGUUCUCUCACCCCUGGCUAUUUUCCUCUUAGCCAGGUUUAUAUCCAAAUAUUGAGUCUUCAUAAGAAAAGAAAAGGCAGUGAUGGAAAGUUGUGGACAAAUGAAAAGUUCGGAGCCUUUGCUCAGUGGUGGAGCACUCACUUUUCAUGCAGAAGGUCAGGUCACUGGCAUAUUCAGAUGAGAGGAUUUAGUAGUAGAUGAUGGGAAAGACUUUUAUGUAUCUGAGACCCUGGAGAGCUACUGCAAGCCAGCACAGACAAUACUGGACUAGAGGGACCAAAUAGUCAGACCUGGUUCAAGACAGCUUCCUAUGUUCCACUUUCCUCUUCGUCUGGAACUGACAUCUCUACCCCUAUUUAUACCAGUAUGGUAGAGAACUUUGAUAAUACAAGAUGUGCUACCUUCUCAGCUAGUUUUGUCCUUAGUCAAUUAGCUUCUCUUUGCUCUUUGCAGCAGAAUAGGCCUCAUUUGAGUGAACCCCACCUGCAGGCAUUUUGUUACCCAGCUGCAGCCACUAAGAUGCUAGCUGUUUAUUUACAGUCAUGCUUGCUGGUAUAAACCCAAGUACAGAACGUCAGUAUAAUAUUCUUACCAAAAGAUCAACUUGUAAAAGUGUUGCUUCUGUGUGCAUGAAUAGUAUUACCAAAAAGGACUCCAAGGGGUUUCGGUAGACCACGGACUCAUGGCUGUGCUUUGCUUGGAUGAAGGUUUAAGAACAGGGAGCUUGACUACCGGUACUACAUAAUCAUGUUCUUGGUUUAGACAUCUCGAAACAGGUCACUAGGAAAGCAUAAUACGUUAAGAGAUCCUGAGCUGUGAGACUGAAGUAUUCUCUUGGCGUUUGCUGCUUUUGUGAGACAAAUCAUAGUGGUUAAAUAUGCAGCUUCCUUUUCCAGGUUUUGCUGUUUUAACUUUAGGGUGUACUGUACAAAGCACUAUUGUAGAACUUGUUUGCAUUCCAUAAACAAAGUAAAUGAAUGGCAGCUAUACAGCAGUGGUGCGUGUUGGAUUUUUCUUAGUUCCUUUGCUCUUCGCAAAAGUGUAUCCUAAUUAGAUCCACAUGUCGUUAUUUAUUAUCACACAUAUUCCAGUGGUGACAGCCUCCAUUUGUACAUGUGUUUCUCUACUUGAUAUGCGAGGCCUUGGUAACCUUAUCCCCGCUGCCCCCGCUCUUGUUAACACAGGUUUAUUUGAGUUCUGUAAUUCCUACCUGAAUCAGGAGCGGCCCUGGGUAGAGGUGAUCCUACUUCUGUGCACUCUUGUAUUUUACUCACCCUUUUCAUUAGAAAUACAAAAGGAACAUGAACCCCAAAGUCAUCUCCUACCAACUAAAAGCCGAAAACUCAAGUUAAUUGUGUCUUAAGAGUACCUGUAAAAAAGAUACUUGAAUGCAUUGGUUUUAGUACUUCUCCUGAACUCCUGGACACUGUCUACCCCUUUCCCCUGCCUUUCGUGCUUUCCUGUAUACAGAAUCAUAGAAUUGUAGAGUUGGAAGGGACUCUGAGGGUCAUCAGUUGCUAUACUAAUAAAUUGUUUUGUUCAGCCUACGGAAUGAGCCUAUCCACUUGGCCACAAGCCAACCCAGCUUUAACAGCAAUAACAAUGUGAGUGCUCAGUGCCAGGGCCUCUUACCAAUGGGUAAUGUGAGACAAAGUCUUCCUUACAACUCUCCUUGCACUAGGAAAAUAUUCUGUGAAGCAGAAUACUGAAGCAGGUUCAUCCUCUCUAUAUCUGAAGCCCUAUGGAUAGAAAGUAAAGCUUUUGCUAAGAGUUCUAGCCUGUGCUUUACACCCAGUUGUUUCUUUAAUGUGACAGCUAAAGUGAGCUUUUUGCUCUUCUGAAUGGUAAAGUUUCUUGUCCACAUUGUCAAAUUGGAACAACUCUCUGUCCCGCCAGAAUUCUCAGGGAGUUGCUGACCCCAGAAUCUAACAUGGGAUCAGAGGCUUCAGAAACCAAGCAUUUGUCAUCUUGGUGUCUGGCACUUGCUAACACAAAGGGUGGUGGAAGUCACCUGUGCUGUGCAAGCUACACUUCCUGUUUUCUUCUUUUGUAAAUAGCAGGGAUAGAGUAGGUGUCAUUUGCAAGAGCUAAAAAGCAUCCUUGAAAGCAAGUUCUCAAUACCUUCUGUUGCCAAAUUGUUCUGCCUCUACAAUUCCUAUGAAAAAAGAAUUUCUGGACAUUGUGUUAUGUUUCAUUGUAUAUGAUUAUUAAAACCUUAGAUUCUGGUGUUAGCAUAAAACAAUCUUUUUGCAUUUAGAA